AUGACCGGUCAUACACCAGUAGUCGUCGGAGUUGGCGACUUCGUCAACCGCUCUAAGAAGGUUGAGGAUGCCAUAGAGCCACUCGAGCUCAUAUUGCGAGCGAUCCGAGCUGCAGUUGAUGACACAGGCUUGUCAGGCCCGGAGGCGUCCAAGUUGCAAGCUCAGAUCGACAGUCUAGACAUUGUCAAGACUUGGACCUGGCCAUAUCCAGAUCUGUGUAGCCUGGUAGCGAAACGACUCGAGAUCAAGCCCACCAGACGACACUAUAGCGAGCAUGGCGGAAACCAGCCUGGCAAGCUGUUCGAUGAAGCUGCCCGUCGAAUAGCGUUAGGAGAGACGAAGGUAGCAGUACUGAGUGGCGGCGAGGCAUUAGCAUCAUUAACGGCCUGCGCCGCCGCAAAGCAACUGCCACCGCCCGGUUGGACCAAGUUAUCAGAGGACGUCAAUUCAGUCUUCUCACCCUCGACACGAGAACUCUUACCAAGUGGGUUACCAGGAAAAUGGACCCCUCCUACUUCAGAUUCUGACCUACCAGGCUUGGGUGCACGGCACGGCAUAGGAAACCCAAUCCAGGUCUACCCGCUUUAUGAGAACAGCUUUCGAGCCCGCCGGCGUCAGUCAAUCGCGGACAACCACAGAGAGUCUGCUCAGAUGUAUGCGGAGUUCGCCAGCGUUGCCGAGCAGAACCAGUAUGCUUGGAGCUAUUGGUCGCCGGCGGAGACUGAGGAGAGCAUUGGCACAGUGUCGAAGAAGAAUCGAAUGAUCUGUCUGCCGUACCCACUCCUCAUGAACGCCUUCAACACCAUCAAUCUAGCUGGAGCAUGCAUACUCACUUCCGCUGAGAACGCGAGAGAGCUCGGUAUCCCGUCCAACCGCUGGAUCUACCCUUUGGGAGGUGCAGGCACAAGAGAUAGCGAUGACUUCUGGGAACGUUCAGAGUACUGGUGGAGUCCUGCCAUUUCCCGAUCGAUCGAUGCUGGACUUGAGGCGUCCGGCUUGGACAAGGAGGAUGUUGACUUGUUCGACUUCUACUCGUGCUUUCCAAUCGUCCCAAAGCUCGCAUGCGAACAUCUUGGCAUCCCAAGCGUGAAAGGAGCUAAGCCGAUAACACUGCUCGGUGGUCUGACUUCGUUUGGCGGUGCCGGUAACAAUUACUCGAUGCACGCAAUCACAGAAAUGGUCCGGCAACUUCGAGAAGGCAAAGGCAAGAACGGACUCGUGCUCGCCAACGGAGGUGUGGUGACCUACCAGGCGGCCAUCUGUCUCUCGAGCAGUCCUCGGCGAGACGGCCUGCCAUAUCCGAGCGCCAACCCACUUCCGGCGGCGGUCAAGGACGUUCAGACGCCGCAGGUGGACGAGAAGGCUGAAGGUGAUGCUAUCAUCGAGACUUACACUGUCGAGUUCAAUCGAGAUGGCAGCCCGCUUCGUGGCUUCAUCGUGGGCAGGCUGAAGUCGAACGGGCACAGGUUCCUGGGGAACCAUGCAGAUGAUGCGACCCUCCAGCAGCUUUGCAGCCAGAAGGUCGAGCCUAUUGGAAGGGACGGGAAGGUGAAGACUGCUGAUGAUGGGAGGAAUCUGUUUGUGUUUGUGAGUGACAGUGCGAAGCUGUAG